AUGGAACGAGUUAUUCUCUCCAACCGCUUUGUCAAUGAGCUUCGUUCCCUGCCCGAGGACGUUCUGAGUCUGCGUAAAGCCAUGAGCGAGAGACAUUUUGGCUCAUACACGACAUUGAACAUUAUUCAACUGAGUCAUCUUCAGAAUGAUGUCUGUCGCCACCAAUUGCAGCAGAAUCUCGGAAGCUUGGUUCCUGUGAUGUAUGAGGAAAUGAAAUACGCUCUCUCCCAGCGGUUGGCUCAGUGUGAUACACAGAGUUGGCAAACGGUCAAUGUUUACCAGACCGUUCUUGGCUGCGUUGCCCAAGUCACCUCUCGGGCUUUUGUUGGGUUCCCCUUGUGCCGUGACCCCAAAUGGCUCGAAACAGCCGUUGGCUACACUGGCGAUGUCUUCGCAGUAUCGCAAGAUCUACGAGACAAGCACUGGUUGGCACGGCCAUUCAUCUACAUUUUUCUGCAAUCUCGCAAAAGACUUCAGGCUCGCAUCCAGGCGGGUCGAAGCAUGUUAAUUCCUCUUCUCCAGGCACGAGCAGAUAAAUUGCCAGAAAAACCUCAGUCGGAUCUCUUGCAGUGGAUGACGGAAAGUGCUCAAGGCGCCGACAAGUCUCCGUAUCGACUGUCUGACAAGAUCCUAUUUCUAUGUCUAGCUUCCAUCCAUACCAGUUCCUCCACAGCGGUACACACCCUCUACGAUCUCUGCCAGUACGCAGAUGACUGUGUCCCCGUUCUUAGGGAAGAGAUCACCCGCACUAUCGCGGAGGACGGCCUCACCCUGGCAUCCAUCAAUAAGAUGAAGAAACUCGACAGUUUCAUCAAAGAGUCCCAGCGCAUUAACCACCCCGGAACUUUGGCCUUUAACCGAAAGGUGGUCAAACCCAUCACUCUGUCCAACGGCGUCCGACUACCCUCCGGAUCCUUCCUCUCCAUGCCAUCCGCCGAAAUCGCCCGGGACCCAGCGAAUUACGUCAACCCAGAAGAGUUCCAGCCGUGGCGCUUCGAGCAGAAGCGAAGUGUCUCCCCCUCAGAGGCAAACAAGCACCAAUUCGCCAGCACGAGCGUCGAUUCUCUCCCGUUCGGUAUGGGUAAGUUUGCUUGCCCCGGGCGUUUUUUUGCCGCCGGGAUGAUCAAAAUCCUUCUGAUCAUCCUUAUCACCGAAUACGAGUUUCAAUUCCCCGGUGAGCAGAAGAAGCGUCCGGCGAAUACCUAUCUCGAUGAGCGGAUUGCGCCGAGCACGACCCAGGGGAUGCAGUUCAGGCGUGGAAUCCGCCAAUGA